UUCUCACUGUGGCAUUAAUCAAUUUUACUUUUCAGAGUUCUCUUACCAUCUGAGCUCCUGAGCAGCACUUGAGUAGAUAAGCAGCAAAACUAAUGCCUCACCAGCUUUACUUUGACUUCACCAAGAGAUCAGAAAUUCAGAAAUAAAGAGUGCUUCAAGAACCUUACUUUAAACCCUUCGUGUGCUCUGCUGCAACUCUCAAGUGACGCCCACGCAACAUCUGUGGGCGUAAAGCUGCUCAAGCUGCCACUGCAAUGCACUCUUCACUAAAUUACAAGGAACAUCCAUGCGGUCAAGCUAUGCAUUCAUUGAGCCAAUUAUCACUCUACCUACCACUUCAUUGCUAGUGUUGUAAGCUAUUAAGUAGGCUUCUGCUGUCACUCACAGCAACUUUUGUAUGAAGUUUGCGCCACAAAUAACUACUAUUUAUUGAAUAAGAACUAGAAACUUCAUCCUAAGGACCACAACUGUGUUUGUUUUGUUUACCUUUAAUCUUAAUUGUUGUGAUUUCUUUUGUCAUGAGUGUAUGAAAGACAUCACUGCUUGCCACUCGUCUGGAAAGAGGAACUGUGUUUGUACAUAAACUUUUACCAUAGUGCAACAUUAUCUAUAUGAACUAUGUCAUUUUGUAUAUAUGUGAUUCAAGAUAAACUCUAGAACAAAAAGUUUGUGAAAGGCAAUCUUCCAGUGUGACGUGUAGUUUAAGAAUUCUGUUGAAUAAAUAUAAGAUCUGCCACUAUGGAUCAUUGGAAUUCUUUCACUUCCAAUGAACCUGGAUAUGGUGAUUAUAAUCGUAGUCUAAGCAACUCGUCUCUGAACCGUUAUGGGUCCUCCAAUGGCCACUCACCAGGUAGCAACUCUAGCUUUAGUGCAUCCAACAUUCUUGGCUCCUACGGAUCUGCACUUAACUCACCUUCGUCACCCAUCGGCCUUCAAAACCCUCUCAGCAACCCUAUCUCAUCCAUGAACAACGUCAGCCCUUAUGGUUCCUCAACAUCAUCUGCUUCCACUAUGAACUCUUACAACUCAUCUUCUGCCUCUAUGAACUCCUUUAAUUCUUCCUCUUCUUCGGCUGCCAUGAACUCCUUCAACUCUUCUUACAACAGUCAAACUGGACUGUACUCCAGUAAUGGAUCUAGCAACUCCAUGCCUGCUGGUGGUUGUGGUGGUGGAGCUGGUGGCGGUACGUCUUAUAACCUCAACAACUGCAUGCCACCACCUGCCAACAACUAUGCUGGGCAUUCCAUUCAGCAGGCGCCUAACUCGGUGUCACGCAACCGCUUUGGCAGUAGCUAUUACGAUCAUCAAAGCUCGUACCAAAACUCGCGUGGGGGUCACAUGCCUUCUGCUUUCCCCCCUGCACCCCCUCCUAACAUGAAUCCAACCAACAAUGGAUAUUAUGGAGCGUCAGGCGCUCCUACUACUGCUGUUGCCAGUAACAUGAGUAAUAUGUACCAAAAUGGAAGGAAUUCUACUGGAAAUAUGUUUCAGCCACCUUCUGGAACUCGACCUGCCUCUCAACCACCGGUCAUGUCUCCUCAUCUGUCCUCUACAAAUUACUACUCUGAUAACUCGAGCAGUGCCAAUGGCUCCAACAACUCCUUCCCUCCAAUCGGUGAUUUCAAGAUUGGGACUUUCACUCUGGGGGCUAAUGGCGUCGUAACUGAUAAUCCUGAAAGCAGCAAUCGGAGUUAUUCCAGUGGCGGAAACUCCAACGGCAACAGUGCCUCGGACUCCAACCAAAAUGUCAGGGAAACUGGCAUUAUUGAAAAACUUCUGCAAACCUAUGGAUUCAUCCAGUGUUGCGAGCGUCAGGCUCGCCUCUUCUUCCACUUCUCGCAGUUUGAAGGGAACACCGACCAUUUGCGCAUCGGCGAUCCCGUUGAAUUUGAAGUCACUUUUGAUCGAAGGACUGGUAAACCUAUAGCAUCCACUGUCCAGAAAAUCUCUCCUGAAGUUGUUCUGAGCGAGGAACGAGUUGUUGGAGCCGUCACCACGGAGCUCUACAUCGACGCUGGCGGUGGGGAGACGCAGGGGCGCAUUAGCUAUGAGAACAGAGGAGAAUGUUUCUUCCUGCCCUACGGCAAAGAUGAUGUCGAGGGAUACGUCACGCUCAAGUCUGGGGACAAGGUGUCUUUUCAGAUAGCCACAAAUCAACGUACUGGCAACCUUGCUGCUCGUCACGUUCGUUUGGAGGACCCGGUGGCGCCCGUGCGCUACCAAGGGGUCGUUAGUGCCAUCAAAGACGCCUAUGGCUUCAUCGAGCGUGCCGACGUUGUCGACGAAAUCUACUUCAACAUUUCCGACACUAAACACAUCCCUGGAGGCCUCAAGCUAGGGGAUGACGUCGAUUUCUGUAUCGCCAUGCACUCUGGCAAAGAGGUUGCAACGGACCUGGUCAAGCUGGAGGACGGCAGCGUUGUGUUCGAGGACACGAGCCAGGAGGUGGUCAGGGGGCAGGUACUCAAGACGGUCGAGCGCAGCCCGCGCCACAACCCCAAGGAGCCGCUGCCUGGCCGCAUCCGAUAUCGUGGCCACGACCGUUCUGAGGUUGAAGUGAAGUUUGGCGAGCGCGAUCAGAGGGGUGAGUUCACGCUACGUCAUGGUGACUGGGUUGAGUUCAACAUCGCUACAGACCGACGUGACAGGCUGCAGAAAGCCACCAACAUCACCUUACUUGACGACAGUUUUUUGGUUUCCGGCGAGCGUCGCGAGCAUGGCGUGGUGAAGCACCUAAGCGAAGAGUGUGGCUACAUCCUGUGCUGCGACCGCGACCUGCUGCUGCACUUCUUCUACAGGGAGCUUCUUGAUCCUGCCACUGCCGUGACCAUCGGCGACGAACUCGCCUUCACUGUAGCCAACGACAGCACCCUGACGGGUCCCAGGAAGGAGACCGCGACACGCAUAGCUCGCCUGCCGCCGGGCACCGUGAGCGAAGGCGUCAUGGUGCAGGAGAUGCUUCAGGGUCAGGUGAGCGUGGUUGCAGAGAAGUCCCCGCCACUGGCCCCUCCGAACAGCCCUGGCAGCGUGGUGCCUCCAAAGGAGCUCGUGGGCGAGGUCGCUUACUUCGUUGAUGGCGUUCGCCAAAUUUUGGGUUACGCGCAUCGAGAUUCGUAUCACAACUUUGCCGUCGGCGAUAAAGUUCGCUUCAACAUUCAAUUGAGCAAGCGACACAAGAAAUUGGUGGCCACAGACUUGGUGCCCAUGAUCGAAAUCAAAGCCGCCUACCAGCCUACAAUUACUGAGAGCGCUCCUAUGUCUGCUGCUCCUGAUGUAACCGUUGAAGAAGCCGCCCAACCACCGACCCCAGUGUCAGCACCUAAUGAUCAACUGCACGUAACCAACGAUGCUGUGAAUGACAACACUACUGCUGCACCAGCUGCUAAUGGCACGUCACCUAAAGUCGUCACCAAGAAGGCAUCGACUGCACAGAAAAACAACAAGCAGCCUCGUCAGUCGUAUCAAGGUUACGUUGCAGCUCUCAAAGACUCUUUUGGCUUCAUUGAAACUCUUGCACACGACAAAGAAAUAUUCUUCCACUUCAGCAACGUGGAAGGUGGUGAGAAUACGAAGCUUGACCUUGGUGACGUGGUCGAGUAUAGUUUGUCGUCCCGCCCCGGACCUGGUGGCAAAGUGUCGGCCGAAAACAUCGUCCUGCUGCCGAAAGGCUCUUUGCCUCAGCCAAAGGUGCUGGACCCAGUGUACAAUGGCUUCGUGAUGCGGCCAAUCCGUUCCAACAAUCCUGACCAGAGCGAGUACUGUGGACUACUUGCUGUUGACACUGAUGAUGUGGAGCGCAGCGAGCAGUACAAGUUCGGCAUAAGCGGUGUGGUACGUAAGCGCGAGCUGCUGCAGAAGGGAGACUCCGUCACGUUCCAGGUGGAUGCCACCGGUUGGGCUACCAACAUCACCGCCGUGCGAAAGAAGCUUAUUGCUACCGUCGACACAGUUAAAGGCCAGUAUGGUUUCCUGAACUACGAAGCAGAGGAGGGAAAGAAGCUCUUCUUCCACCAGACUGAAGUAAAGGACAACACUCAUCUCAGCCCAGGAGAUGAAGUCGAAUUCGUUAUCAUCACCAACCAGAAGACAGGCAAAAGUUCAGCCUGCAACAUCUCCCGCAUGAUGACUGUGGGAGGCGGUCUAGCUCGUCGACCUCAACGUCUAAUCAGCCAACUGAAGACGAUGUCCCUCGAUCAAACCAAGCCUCGUAUUCAGGUGAUGCGCCAACCUAAAGGCCCUGAUGGCACAAAGGGAUUCUCACUCACUAGGGAACAACUUGCAUCAAACUUCGCCGCACUCUCGUUCUAGAAUCCCAUCACCAAAAUCUUAGGGCCGUUUUUUUUGUGUCUGCCCGUUAUGAAAUCUAACCCUAUUGUCAUAGCCUCGCUUACGACAAUUGCAUUUCUUUGUCUCGGAGAACUUCUCCUGUUGUUCCCUGCCGUACGCUAUAAACUAAAAGUCAUGAUGUGGUUUAUGGCUUUAUGAGAUUUCCUCGUUUUUCUUGACGAGUGCAAUUAAAUCGGGAAAAUCUAGAGAAGUACUGUAAAACCUUAUUCGAUCAUUCAGGUGUUGCUACUAAUCUUCAUGAUGGCCGUUCAUCACGAAUUACGUGUUGUAGAACGCCAGUAGUCGUAGUUUUUUUUCUGAAACUGUAGUACUCGUAGACGAUGCGAAUUUGUGCUUGCAGAUAUGAUGUUGCCGUAAUUGGUCUUUUUUGUCAAUAUCAAUUGAAAUAAACUUCCGUUCGCGAUUGAGAUAUUUUCUGAGAGAUCUGAAGCCCUGGUGUCCCAGACGUAUUUAUUGUUUAACACGCCUUUCUCGUAGCGGUUAGUUAAGGAAAUAAAUUUAGAUAGCUCAGUAUUCAGGUCAACAAUCAAAAUAACAUGUUGGACUUUUUCCAAAUCCUUUAGAGCAUCUCUUAUCUAUUGUUUUUUCCUUGUGGGGUUUCAUUUACAUUCUAUGACGAUGGAAAAUUUUUGGGAGGAACUGAAUCAAUCUAAUCGCCUUCAUUGAUCCUUUCAUCUUGUAGUUCUGAAAUGUUAGUUGCUCACAGAAUUCCUGUAGAUCCCCCAGUUUAGCUUACCAUGGCUAGAUCUGUGCCGGUGCUUGUUCUGCAAUGUUAUAGUUACGCUACCGCCUUUUUCGCGCUUGUCUUGCUGUUGCUUUAUUUUAUAGUCUUAUCAGUGAAUAAUUUGCUGUUAGUAUAACAAUUAUAUGAACAAGGUUAAUAAGUUAGCAUGUAGAGUUCAUGUACUAUAUCACGCACUGAUGGAAGGAUGUCAUCCUUCUUAAGUGUGGGCCAUCGUAACUCCAUUCGUUGGGGCUUGGAUUCCAACGUUUGCCCUAGUCAAAUCUUCAUUUAUUAAAUCGUGCAACUCGAAAUUUGAUAUUUGUAUGUGUAGAGACGUGUCAAGCAUAAUUCCUUUUUCUAAUAAAAAAUUGCAAUUAAUGCCGUUGCUGUCAAUUUACAGCAGUUGCAAUUAAGCAAACCAAUAUCAGAGGAAGAUCGCGUCCAAAUUUCUUCCACUAAUUGUCUUGAAUUAUUUCUACCUCAAGAAGUAAACGUUUUUCGAACAGUUUGGCAGUAAACCAAACUGAAUUCCAGCUUCGAUAGGAGCAUCUGAUUCAACUUUUCUGCUGUUGUUAGCUAAUCGCGUUCCCGUUUUUUUUUGUGAGCGUUAAGCUGUCACCAUUUAAAAUUGAAUUACUGCUAGCGUAAGUUUUUCUUUAAGAACUUUUCUCUGAUAAGACACUGUAUAUAUACACUGAUAAAGGAGCUUGAACGGUGUUAUUUUUGCUGGUCGAUAAUUAUCACGCAAACUGCGUGAGCUAUGGUUAAGACUUCUGCCUUCACUCACAUCACUUCUAGCAUCAGACAGCUGAUGUCGCCAUCUAAUAUCGUGGAAUAAUAGCCCAGUGUUCAGUGGGAGCUCCCUAUCAAAUCUUCUACUUCAACGCUGAUAUUUUGGCUUGCUAUGAUGCGAGUGCGGGCAGUUGUGAAUAGACGCGUGGAUAUCAAGAGAGCAAGCUGGUCUGUGUUGUGUUGUGGAUCGAUGACAUCGCUCCCUCCUUCACUCGAGUCAGCUUUGACUCACGGACGCUUUCUUUCUUGUGAGGCACUGACGUUCUAUUGAGUCUUGAUCUGUCACCUUGAGCUUAUACUCAUUGUGUUUACGUGUGUGUUAACUCUCUUCUUAAGUCGUAAGAUGUGUUGUUUAUAGUAUACGUGUCAAUCAAAGGGCUUAUAUGUGUUGAAGAGACAAGGAUGAGUGUAACCACCUCAGGCAGAUUGGGCCCUCUUAACUUUACCACGUCGCCAAGUCUGCCUGCUGGCGCUAUGGCUCGACUUCUCUCUUCGUACCGUGAAGUUAUUAUCGGUGAUUUGUUCCGAAUACUGUACAGUUGUUGUUUAGAAUAACUAAGUAGUGAGGUGAGCGCGUCGUCGCGUGCGGUUAGUACCUCAACUAUAAGGCUGUGUUGUAGUCUGUGAUCCCACACGCUGCUCGGAGGGACAUGCAUUCUUGCUGAAUUAACUUCCUUCAUUAUUGAAACAUGACAUGGGCUUUUUACCAUCAUACCGGGUCGCUCACUUGCGAGCUUCAUCGUAUGGUACAAAGUUUGAAGAAUCAUUAACAUGUUCAACUUUUAUUGCAUCCAUCCAGACCUAUCAUUUAGUUUCUCAAGAAAGAUUUUGGUAUCAUUGUAGUAAUUUUAUGUACAAGAAUUCAUUAAUGAAUUCGAUAAUUUUGCUAUGUUUUAUUCAAAUAUACCAUUAUGCCACGCCUGUGUCUGUACGCUGUAAACGAGCCAUUUUACAAUGCAUCUCUAUUUUGCACAAAGUCGUGAUUAUUAUUAUUUCUUGUAAUUGACUGACGCUUUUUCAGGCAUUUGAGGUAACGUUCACCUUGGCAACAUUCUCGUCGAGUCUCGUGGUACUAAAUUACUCUAAAUGUGUGACGCUUGUUCGUAGCCAACUAUUGUUAGUAGCUUCUUGUGUCGGAUAUAUUUUCAUCAGAAAUGUAUUGAAGCUAUCGGAAUAAUCAAGAUGUUAAAUCUUAGCUACGAGAAUUUCAAUCCACAUUUCCGAUGCUGAGCGAAUAAUAUUCUGAAAUGGAGUACACGAAACUUUUCAUAACGGUGGUUUGAGCUUUAGCAGCCACCACACUGUCCAGGAACUGACUGUGUCUUCUCUAUUGUGCCAUCAACUCGUAAGUACUUCACUGCGAGCUAAAGCUUCACGUAAAUACCGCGCGUUCAAGUCGAGCCGCUCCUACUCUCUUCAACUCCUGAAUCCGAGCAACGAAAUCUCACAGCAUUGCCAGAAAUUUUGCGUGGUUCAAGGCUUCCAUUUCUUCCUUAAGACAAGUAAUUUUGGGAAUGGAAUCCUUGAACUGCUUCCUCUGCGCUUUAAUUAUUCACUUCAUUACUCGCUUCCUCUGUGUCAGCCCAAACAACAUUUGGGCUUCUAAAACAGCAGGAGUUGCAGGGAGUGCAGAGACCUCGCUUUUCUUUUAUCUUGUGUGUUCUACGUGCGUGUGUAUGAUUGCUAUGAGGCGAAGCGGUGUCGCUGAUUCUCACCUAUGCAACCUGAGAUGCUGUAUUAGGAAAUCGAUCGAUGGAGAGCGAAUGUGUCUUACGCUGCUCGAGUGUAAUUGUCCUACCUUGCGUGACAACGUAACGCGCUGUUGAUAGCAACAGGCCUGGACCUUGUCACACAUGGAGAUGAUUGCCUCGACCCAUAUGUGAUUUUCAUGGGUUUCUUCCAUCGCUUAUUGACAAAGUUUAUCUAAAUUUGAAUUAAUUUUCGGCAUUUAAAUUCAGUUGGAUAAUUUAGUGAAGGUAUGACGCUUCAACUUCUGCUGUGUUGGCGUGAAACGCAUCAUUCCGACAUCAUCCUAGGUAUUUAUCAUGCAUGUCUAUUGAAAGAAAUGCGUCGUUGACAUUUGUAAAUUCGUUCCUGUUGCAUUUGUGAACAUGUUCUCUCACACUAAUCCUGUGAUUGUUCAAUGGUUCUGGUGUACGCAUCUCCUUGAACAUUUCCUUGGAACCAGAUGGGCGUGAGCUACUUCUUGUGUAAAUUAAUAAUUUACAAUUUUGAUGACUAAUUUAUUUUCACUCAUUCAAGUAUCAAAUUAUAGUAGAAAUAUCGUGUUGCCGGAAGUAAAGUAAAUGAAGUAAAGAAUCGGAAGUAGAACGGCGCGGGCGUAUUAUAUUGAUGCCAGGUAGCCUUAUUCAGCGCAUAUCACAACUCUAGGAUAACAUAUGUGGCAUUGUGAAUCUUAUGAACGAACAUCGUGGUGCUCCAACUUGUUGGGAACUCUACCUAGUUGCUUUGUAUUUAGAUCAUUUUCCGUCUAUAGUUAGUGCGAGCUAGUUGCUUUAUUGUUAUUUACUUUUCAUGAUAUGUGAAUGGACUUCUGUUUUCAUUUUCAUUUAGCGAUGAAAGGAGCGCAAAAUUUGUUUGUUGUUAACGUAAUAGAUCGGUAAGAUGAGAGCUCGUGUGAGGAGUGAGCCAAGGCGGUUGGCAUUUGUUCAGACACAAUUAGAAUAACUUGACACCAAAGGCGUCUUAGUCAAAUUAGGCAAGUGAAUAUGGAAGCCACCUUCUUAUUGUAAUGUUCAGUAUAUUGUACAGGGGUAUCUAUAUCGUAAUGAACUUUGCUGUAACUUGUGUGGACGAUAUCUUAGGCAAUACGACGAUGACUUACUGUACAAUGUACUUUUUGUGCAAACUACUGCUGUAUAGUCAACUGCAUCUAGUUAACCGAGACCCUAAGCUUUCUGUAAUUAUUCUUAAGUUUCUGAAGUAACGAAUACGGCGGACGAAGAAAACCAUGAGCAAGUGUGAGCUCGAUGGAACGCCUUCGUUGCUUUUAGCGUGACAUGGAGGCGUACUCUCUCUGUACGGUUAAUUGUAAGCGUAAUUAAGCCAUUCCUCCUUAAUAUUUAAGACUCUUGCUUGAGGUCAACGCUUGGCUAACUGUCCAGCAACUUCUUGCGAGUCGUAUUUCAAAUAAAAAUGAUAAAAUUAAAAAAUAUAAAAAAAACAGCAACUUGAGUAUUUUGUGUCGAUUAAGUAGUCUCUGUAGUGGCCUCUUCUUGCCUCUCUUGAGGCCCAUUUUUGUAAGAAAUACGCAACUUUGAGAAAAUCACUAAAAAUGUGCAAAACCA